AUGAGCAUCAUAAGAGGUUGUCUUGUUGUGAUUGCUUGGUGUAUUUACUCAGUAAUUGGAGGUGCAUCCUACCUGGAAUCUUUAACCUUGCAGCCUUUACCCAGAAACAAAUUGCUUUCCACAUUCGAUUUCAAAGUCAAGUCAGCACAGUUUGAUUCCUCCUACCAUGAGGACGCUAAUAGUGCUCAAUAUUUAAAAGAAAGCCACUACACGGUAUUUCCAAGUGCGCUUGGUCCAAUAAUAGAAUCAACGAAUACCAGGGAGUUGUCAUUGAGGUUUACUCAAGGUUGGUGGGAUGCACACUCGUGGGGUAACCUACCGUAUGACGGCUGGUUCAGCGGUGGGACUGGGGUCGAGGUUGUGGCCUUGAUAGAAGCACCAAAUGUCUCGGUUGCACGGGAACAUUGGUCAAAGCUAACAAAGACUUUAUCUGGCUUCUUCUGCGCAUCCUUGAACUUUAUUGACAACGAUAUCACAACCUUUCCUAAAUAUGCUGUACUGGGUGCGAACACGGGUAAUUAUAGACCGGAAGUAGGGAACAAGCUUUACCUCCUCCGUGCAGCGUUACCGAGCGAGCCUAUUUGUACCGAAAAUUUGACACCGUUCUUAAAGUUAUUACCUACUGGAGGUAAAGCUGGAAUCUCGUCACUUCUCGACGGGCACAAAGUCUUUGACUCCUUAUGGCACGGAAUGUCUGUGGACAUUUUCACAGAGUGCGAUGAUGAUGGUGGCUGCAAGUUGAACUUGUACCAAACUGUGAACCAAGUUAUUGAUGUGGUUCGGUCGUUGCGCAAAAAAGAAGAAGGUGGAAUUCCCAAGCCCACUCCAGGUGAAAAAUUGAGAUGUGACACUUCGAAAGAACACAACAUAUGGCAAUGCUUUCCAUUGUCCGAUCCCGUCGAAUUGGAAUGGAGCUUAGACACGUUGUAUGGCAGAACAAUCAAAGGACCAGCGUUUGAGGGUGACCUCGAUGUGAGUAAAGUCGUCAUUAAUUAUGACCCUUCGGCGUGGAAUAUCACUUUGCUAAAAGAAAGCCCCACAUUCGUAGCAACCAGAUUCGUCGAUAGUCAUGGUUCCGAUACCGUUGUGGAACCGAUAGUGGAACCCUACGACUACAACUUUAAAUUUUCAACCACCAACUCCAGCGUCGUUGUCCCUAUAACACCUCCUCCAUUGUACGUUUCUCGUUCACUAAUGGGAUAUUCAUUGGAUAAGGGCGGUUUGCGUGUUGUCUUUACCAAUCCUGGGACCAAAGAUGUCGCAUUCACCUACUUUGAAUCGUUGCCGUGGUUCAUGAGAUUGUACAUAAGUACGUUGGAUGUUACUUUGAAGAACUCAAGUGGUAUUUAUCACGUUGAUGAUCAAUCGCAGUUCAUCAAGAGUAGGUACUAUAAACCAGCAGUAGAUCGCCAAAGACCUUCUCAGCUAGAGUUUGAUUAUAUGGUCCCGUCAUUGCUGACGUUGGUUAUAACCUACGACUUUGAUAAGUCGUUGCUACUAUACAAAGAAUACCCUCCAGAUGCAAAUCAUGGAUUUGACAUUGAGCCAGCUGUUGUCAGGAUCAAUGAUGGAAGUCAUCGUGGUGGCUACGAAUUUCGAACAACGAGUCUAUUGUUGACCUUACCAACACCCGACUUUUCAAUGCCUUAUAAUGUUAUCAUUUUGACAUGCACAGUUUUAUCACUUGCUUUUGGCACGAUAUUCAAUUUGUUAUCAAAAAAGACGGUUACAGAGGAAGAGUUUGAGUAUGCUUCUCAGAAUACAAAUUUGGCCAAACUUAAACGGGCAGUACUAUCGAAAUUUGGUAAUUUCAAGACAAAAGUUGAGUGA